AUUCGUGCAUGCGCAAUACCGGGCCGGGUUGGCAGGAAAGAUGGCGGCGGCGGCGGGAGGAGUCCGGGGUUGAGAGAGCGGCCCGGGGAACGGGGACAUGGCGAGAUUGGGAGAUUAUUUCCUGCUGGUUGGCUAUGACUUUAACAAGAGAGGCAGCAGCAUAGGACAGGGCAAGAUUCUGCAACGUUUCCCUGAAAAAGAUUGGGAAGAUAACCCUUUUCCCCAAGGCAUUGAACUUUUCUGUCAGCCCAGUGGAUGGCAGUUGUGUGCAGAGAAGAAUCCCCCGACGUUCUUCAUUGCUGUUCUGACAGACAUCAACUCAGAACGACAUUACUGUUGUUGCUUCACCUUUUGGGAGGAGUGUCCGCAGAAUCUUAUUGACCAGCGAGAUGGUGAAGCUGAGGAUGAUGCCCCAUUGCCCUCUGCAACACAGCUUUAUGCUCCAAAGACUCUGGUACUUGUGUCCCGCCUGGAUCAUCCAGAAGUCUUUAGGGACUCCUUAGGUCUGAUCUACACCAUUCACACUGAUGGCCUCAGUGUAUCCCUGGAGAAUGUUGUGGGAAACCUACUAACUUGCACUGUCCCCGUUACAGGGGGCACCCAGUCUGACGUGGAGCAGGAUGGUAUGAGAACCAUAUCUCUGGGAGCAGGGGACCGCCAAGUGAUCCAAACCCCAAUAUGUGACUCUAUUCCAAUCAGCAACUGUAGUGUAGCCCUGUUAUUUCGACAGCUUGGUAUCGCCAAUGUGUUGUGCCUGUUCUGUGCAGCUCUCACUGAGCACAAGAUCUUGUUUCUAUCUCGGAGUUACCAGCGUUUGACUGAAGCCUGCAGAGCUCUCAUGGCUAUAAUGUUUCCCCUCAGAUACAGUUUUACGUAUGUGCCCAUUCUCCCUGCUCAGCUUCUGGAAGUUCUCAGCACACCAACGCCAUUCAUCAUUGGUGUAAAUGCCCUCUUUCGGGCAGAGACCCAGGAUCUGCUUGAUGUAAUAAUUGCAGAUUUAGAUGGUGGCACAAUAACUAUCCCAGAAUGUGUACAGAUUCCACUACUGCCUGAACCGUUGGUCCAUCACACGCAAGAGGCCUUGUCACUGGUUCUAGACCCUGCUUUACAAAUUGCUGACUUGGCAUUUCCUCCAUCUUCUAUAACAGCUUCAACUCUUCGAAUGCAGGAUAUGGAAGUACGUGCCGUGUUUCUUCGUCUUUUUGCUCAGAUCUUGCAAGGAUACCGUUGUUGUCUUCAGAUCAUAAGAGUUCACCCAGAGCCUGUCAUACGGUUUCAUAAGGCAUCUUUUUUGGGUCAGCGUGGAUUGGUGGAAGAUGAUUUUCUAACCAAGGUUCUGGAGGGCAUGGCGUUUGCUGGAUUAGUGACAGAGAGAGGUCCACCAUACAGAUCUUUGGAUUUAUUUGAUGAGCUGGUUGCUUAUGAUGUGCACAAAUUAAAGUACGAGGAGGGAAGGCAGAAAAACCUAAUGAAGCAUGUGCAAGAACUAGCUGAGAAGCUCUACAGGAAUGAGAACCCAUACCCUGCUGUUAGUAUGCAUAAAGUUCAACGGCCAACAGAAGGAAGUUACUUGCGAUCUCAAAAUAAGACCUUCCCUCUGCUGGAUGAAAGUAGUAUCCAGUGGAUCUUGGAUCAGGCUGCUGCCAAAAUGCAAAAUGCACCUCCUGCUGUUAAGUCGGAGAAGAAAUGCAUGGUGCCACCUGGACCACCUAUUGCAGCAAUUGUGGAGCGGAACGGCAGUGCUGUAGCUAACAGCAACAGGCGGCUAGAAGUCGUGAGGAACUGUAUUUCUUAUAUCUUUGAAAAUAAAAUGCUGGAGGCAAAGAAGCUUCAGCCUGCUGUUCUUCGGGCACUGAAAGGGAGAGCAGCUCGGCAUUGUCUAACACAGGAGCUCAACCUGCACGUGCAGCAGAAUCGUGCCGUGUUGGAUCACCAGCAGUUUGACUUUGUUGUUCGUCUAAUGAACUGCUGCCUACAGGAUUGCACAUCACUGGAUGAACAUUCUAUAGCUGCAGCCCUUUUACCUUUGGUGACUGCAUUCUGCAGGAAAUUAAGUCCUGGCAUCACACAGUUUGCUUACAGCUGUGUACAAGAGCAUCUAGUUUGGACCAACAUGCAGUUCUGGGAAGCCAUGUUUUAUGGAGAUGUUCAAAACCAUAUCAGGGCUUUGUAUGUAAAUUCUGAAGAGGCUGCUUCUAACCCGGAUGAAAUUGAAGUAGAAGAGAGAUCGGCCCUGGAAUUGGCAGCUGAGCAAUGUCGUCUAUGGCCUACACUUCCGCGUGAGAAACAGUUAGAACUUAUCCAGAAAGAGGAGAGCACCGUAUUUAGCCAGGCUAUCCACUAUGCCAGUCGUUUGAGCUACCUUCUUUUGCCAUUGGACACCUCUAAAAACCGCCUUCUGCGAGGGGGAGCUGGAUUAGGAGAUACAGAAAGCGUGACUAACAGCUUCAUCACCAACAGCAUGGCGGGCAGCGUAGCAGAAAGUGCAGAUACAGAAAGCGGUUUUGAAGAUUCUGAAGUCUCGGAUGUAGCUCAUUGCGUUGUCCGAUUUAUCACCCGUUUUGUGGACAAAGUGUGUACAGAGAGUGGGGUUACAUCGGAUCACCUCAAAGGCCUGCACACAAUGAUCCCAGACAUUGUUCAGAUGCAUAUAGAGACUUUGGAUGCUGUUCACAGAGAAAGUAAGAGGCUGCCUCCAAUCCAGAAGCCAAAAUUAUUGCGACCCACGUUGUUAGUAGGGGAGGAUUUGGUAAUGGAAGGGCUUCGAGUAUAUCUUCUACCAGAUGGACGAGAGGAAGCUUCAGGUGGUAGUCUUGGAGGUCCACCCCUACUUCCUGCUGAAGGGGCGCUUUUCCUCACCACUUAUCGAUGCAUCUUCAAGGGCACUCCAGUAGACCCAUUAGUGGCUGAACAAGCUGUAAUGCGGUCCUUCCCCAUUGCAUCUUUGACGAAGGAGAAGAAAAUCAGUGUUCCAGCUCAUCUAGACCAGUAUGUUCAAGAAGGACUUCAAUUGCGCUCUUGUACUUUCCAGCUUUUGAGGGUGGCAUUUGAUGAGGAAGUCCCUUCUGAGAUCUCUGAAGGUUUCCGCAAGCAGCUGCACAAGCUGAGGUACCCUCAAGAUGUGCUUGGGACUUUUCCUUUCAGCGUUGGUCUCUCCCUACAACAUACUACUCAGCCAAGACCAAAGGACAAGAAUCCCUCCAUCAACCCCCUGCAUGUCAAUGACGUGUUCCAAGGCCAUCUGGCACUGGGUUUAUCACUUGGCAGCUUCUAUUCACAAACAACCAUCUCUAAGAAUCUUGUGAAGAAUGCCAAGAAGACAAUAGGCCGCCAAUAUGUUACACGCAGGAAGUAUAGCCCGCCAUCCUGGGAUCUCCGAGGGAGCCACAGUUCUCUGGAACAGCAGGGUGAUGACAUUUCAGUGUCUGAAGAUUUGGACAGAAGCACAUUAACCAUCUCUACCUUAAAGGCCUCUGACAAGCAGACAGGAGGCAAUAUGGCAGAACGAGCAUGUUGUCGUGACUACCAAAGAAUGGGACUUGGUACUUUGAGUAAUAGCCUGACCCGUGCUAAAAAUGAACCUUUCCGGAUCUCAACAGUGAACCGCAUGUAUGCUGUUUGUAACAGCUAUCCAGGGUUGCUGAUUGUUCCUCAGAGCAUUCAGGACAACACUUUACAGAAGAUCUCUCGCUGCUAUAGACAAAACCGGUUUCCUGUGGUGUGUUGGCGCAGCCCACGUACCAAAGCUGUUUUGUUGCGGUCAGGUGGACUUCAUGGCAAAGGUGUGGUUGGACUCUUUAAAUCUCCUAACACAGCUGGCACAGGACCAUCACAGACAGAUUCCACAUCGCUGGAGCAGGAAAAAUACCUCCAGGCGAUCGUGAACUCGAUGCCUCGUUACGCAGAAAUGAGUGGGAGAAACACACUCAGUGCUUUUCCUUCUGCUCAUCUCUAUGAUUCUCCAGACAAACGUCAACCCAAGUUGGGUUCAUUGAUGAAGCAGGUGAUGGGAGGGAAGGAUGACAUUCGAGGAGGUCAUUCAACUCGGGGUAUUAAGCACCCCGCAGUGAGACGAGGCUAUGCUGAACAAGGCAAAUGGGGAAGCAUGCGUGGCAGUGGAAGACUUAGCUCCUAUGGCAUGAACUCAGAUGUAGGAACUAGACUUGCAGCUAGAGAACUUCUAACUCCUCAUCAAAAUGGAGGCCCCUCAGAAAGUGCGCUGACCCCCCGCAGAGCUGCUCUGUACAUCAUUGGUGACAAGUCACAGCUGAAAGGGGUGAAGCAGGACCCAUUGCAGCAGUGGGAGCUAGUCCCUAUUGAACUGUUUGACGUCAGACAAGUUAAAGCUAGUUUCAAAAAACUGAUGAAGGCCUGUGUGCCCAGUGCUCCCUCCACAGACCCCAACCUGUCAUACCUGCGCACCCUUGAGGAAUCUGAGUGGCUUCUACAGCUACACAAGCUACUGCAAGUCUCUGCGCUGGUUGUAGAGCUGUUGGACAGCGGUUCAUCUGUCCUGGUUGGACUUGAGGAUGGAUGGGAUCUUACCACACAGGUGGUGUCUCUGGUUCAGCUCUUGUCUGACCCGUAUUAUCGAACUAUUGAGGGAUUUCGACUACUCAUCGAAAAGGAAUGGCUCUCGUUUGGUCACAGGUUUAGCCAUCGUGGUGCACAUACAGCCGCCAGCCAGAGUAAUGGUAUUACUCCUAUUUUCCUACAAUUUUUGGACUGUGUGCAUCAGAUCCAUCUGCAGUUCCCAUCUGAGUUUGAAUUCAGCCAGUAUUACCUGAAGUUUGUGGCUUAUCACUAUGUGUCGAACCGAUUCCGCACCUUCUUACUGGACUCAGAUUAUGAGAGGAUUGAGAAAGGGGUCCUGUAUGAGGAAAAGGGAGAUCGACGUAGCCCUCAGAUCUGCCGCUCUGUAUGGGAGUAUAUGGAGCGGAUACAUAAGAAGAAUCCAAUGUUCUACAACUACAUGUUCUGCCCUGAGGAUGGAGAGGUGCUACGCCCAUACAGUUCAGUAUGGGGUCUUCGUGUGUGGGAUUAUUACACCCAUGAAGCUCUGAGUGAAGGUCCUUCUUAUGACUGGGAGCUUGUUCAGGCACACCGGCAUGAGGAACCUGAGAAAAAUGACAGCUCUGCCCCCCAGACAAAACGGAAGAUCGUUUGGCCAUCCUAUCAUGCACCACAGCGGAUACAGCCAGAUGCCCUCACCUGCUUGUUAGAGGAGUUACAAAAUCUAGAGAUGGAUUUGCGACCUGUUCCUGAAAGAUGGAAGGAAUCAUGGGAUAAAGUAAAGGCUGUCCACAGGACAGAGGUCCGCCAUGAGAGUCGGAAAUCCAGUGCUUUGCUGAUGUCAUCAAGUGUAUCCUCGCAGCGGCAAUCAUUGGGCAUUUACCUGCAGGAGAGUGGUGUAGGGUCUACACUAAAUUUGAGCCUGGAGAGUGGUCCUAGCACAACAAGCACUCCCACUGGUGCCGGGAAACUUGGAGCACGAAACAGCACUAGUACCUUAUAUAAUCAGUUCAACACUGCAGAAAGAGAAAACCGAUCAUACGAGGGAAUUUUGUUUAAGAAAGGUGCAUUUAUGAAACCCUGGAAACCUCGCUGGUUUGUGUUGGACAAGACUAAGCAUCAGUUAAGGUAUUAUGAGAGCCGUACUGACACUGAAUGUAAAGGGGUGAUUGACCUGGCAGAGGUAGAGUCCAUAUCUGCUGGUACACCAACAAUGGGUGCUCCCAAGAAUGUGGAUGAAAGAGCAUUUUUUGAUCUGAAGACAACUCGCCGAGUAUAUAACUUCUGUGCCCAAGACACUUCACAGGCUCAGCAGUGGAUUGACCGAAUCCAGAGCUGCCUGUCUGACGCAUGAAACUUCAGGGAUGGUGUUAAAAAAAACUGCACCACUGAACAAACUGUAACAUGGGGGUACCACAUGGCAGCCUACAGCUAAAUCCUGUUAAACCCACAACAAGCUGUUUCUUUCCAGACUUUUCUGGAAGCUAAAGCACCUUAGCUUUUUGUUCUUCUUUGAUUAGUAAUGCUCGUUGAUUAUGCAGUUAUGGUCUGUGAACCCUACUACAUGCUGCUCACUGGGAACCAAUGAAAAUGAGAACAACUAGUUGUGGACCUUCAGAAGCUGCGCUGAACAUAUAAAAUGUUAUGAUCUGGCGUUUUUAAGAGAAGCUGUGGACUCGGCCUCAUGAGUUGCAGGCAGGUUUUUACGUGGCUGGGUGGCUUCAUGUCAUUCAUGAAGCUCUGCUAAACUGAUCUCUGGGAAGGUUUUGCACCUGUUUGGUAUUUUAAAUGCUUACUUGUGAGUUGUCAUUCAGUUGAAUUGUCAUAUUUUAAAUUAUUUUAUAAAGGUGAGGAGCUUGGCAAUGGGACCUAGGAGUCCUAGAAAGAUGUGAAUGCGGAAAGUAACCAGAUCCAACAGUAAGAGUUGAAGCCGUGAGAUUACAUAAUGAAAACUUCAACGUAGUUCACAUUAAACAUGAAUGUCCUGUUUUACAUACAUCACAGCCAUUUUAUCAUACUCUUUAGCUGUAAGUGGGCUCCACAAUGGUGUAUGUCCAGACUAUGGGCUCUGGCUGAAGAAUUUAGAAGAGCAGGUUAAAACCACUAAGGAUUCUACUACUACUUCAGUGUCAUAGGAUUUUGCUUGUUUAACACUCCAUUGUAUAUACUGUAGUGAGAAGGGAGAAGACCCUUGUAAAAAACAAUGUUCCUGAGUAAUAUAAAUUUACACAGUCCAAAACGUUUGAAAAUGAGCCACAAGGAAUUCUGGACCACACAAGAAAUAAGGAACCAAUUGGCUUCAGCAGCUGGUUGGUCUGUGUGCACUUUGGAGGAGAGGAGCGCACCUUGUGCUCAUAGUCUGUACCAUUUGGAGUAACAGGAGAAUUUGUUAAAAUUUGCUAAUGGUAUUUUAACUGUGAUUAUUGUACGCCACUUAAUUAUUAUUAUUGUAUAUUAUUGUAUAUAGAAGAAUGUCCACCUCAACAAGAGACUUUGGAGAUAUGUGAUAACUUGAGGAAGUGGUGAUUUAUUUUUUAACCCUUCCACUGCAGAACAGCAUUUGUUAAGGUGGUGGCUGGAAUGCAUUUUCUUUAUUGUGCAGCAAUGUCACCUCUGCCUCACCCAUUACAGUCAAAGCCGCACAUUAGAUGGGACUGAAUUCAUAUUAAAAAAUUUAUUUACACAUUGUUUAUACACUUAGCACCAAAUGCCCAGUUCCAAUGAUCAUAAGUCAGAGCUUAUGGGAGACUGAAUGUCAGCAAUGAUGUAUGGAUAUGUGGGACUCAUUCCUCCAUUUUACACACUGUCUUACGGAGUUGGUUGCUGUUUAUCGGUGUACCGUUAUGGCCACAUUAAAGCACAUGUCCAUGCAAACUCUACAAUAAGAAUGUCCUGAACAUGAAGCUGAUGUUUGCCAAUGCUGCUAUUUGUACAUCCCUAUAUAAAUGUCUCCAUUAUUUUGUUAGCAAUAUUCAUCCCAUAGAAAUCUGUGCCGGAUUUUCACAAGAAGGGUAUGGUCAUGUUUUGGGACACAUACCCUGCAUGGCGGUAUGCUUACUUUGAAACUGAAUUUAGAGAUGACAGACUCCCUUUAAUAUUCCACUACUCCCCCUCUUCUGGUUGUAUAGUUCAAAGGACAACCUAUUGCUUUAUACAUGUUGCGCGGCUUUUAAAAUAAUUUUUUAUUAGACCUGAUCAUUGUAGAUUGACUUUACAUACUUUAACUAUGGAGCCAUAAAGCCAGUUCUGUCUGUGCUCCAGUUUAUAGUGAUUUCACCAUGAAUAUGUUAGUGCACAAAUGAUUGCUAUGGGAUGGCUGUGACUGUCUCUCAGUUGAUUUUCCAUGUCUUUGAACAGUUUUUCACUCAGAGUACUAUUCGGGUUUGGAUUAAGGUUCACUAACCUGCUGUUUUUGGCUGGUGUGCCCCAGUCCUCCCCUGACAGAUUAUGCUGAUUGAGAGAAUAAUCACUUUUGUUCUCUGAGGAAAUGUCGCAGCUAGGGGCAUCUUUCUUGGCCAAACCGUAUGUAUAUGUCAAUGGGGUGGGGUUCCAGGUGGGAUAGGCGUCAUCUGGCAGCUUUUGAAGGUGUGUGGGCCCCUUUAGUAUACUGUACAUCUGUGUCUUAAGCCAAUUUUGACCAGUGAACUAUUUUUCUAGAUAACCAUUAUUGCUGGAGCAGAAAAGUCAUCUCAGUGCAAUGUAAAUAUCUAUACCUAUUAAGUUUAGGGCUUGAAUAUCAUUAAGCUGUCUAGAUGUAUGAAAGAUAGUGUGAUAAAUGCCAAAUCCCUAAGUUUCUAUACAAUGCCCCUUGGCUGUCUUUAUGUCUUAGUCCCUCUCACCUAAAAAGGUUCCAUCACUGAAUAGUAUUACAUAAGUAGUUUUGUUACAGAUCAAGCAGCAUGUGCCAGUAUUAUGUCUAAAAUUACUUCCAUGACACUUAAGAAAACUUCCUUAAGCCUGUUUUUGCAGUGAAAGGGUUAAUGGGCAUCACAUUCCUUCAUGUCUCUGAGUAAAAGAAGCUUAAACUGCUCAGUAACUGUGGCCAUUUUAAUUGAUGAAUGCUUUGUACAUAAUACAAUUCUCAGGCUGAACUUCCCUGUUUUUGUAGAAUACAUCAGUUCUUGUACAUUGUGUCAAACAUACAGUUCUUGGGUUGUGCCUAGAUAUAUGGAAACAGGAAUAUAUCCAGACAAAUAAAUGAAACUAACAACUGUUUAAAAA